GCUGCUCUUCCUUUCCUUCUUCUUCUUGCCGCCGUCACCUCAAUCAAACUACUCAGAGUUGGGUAAGGGUGUAAAGGGAUAGAGACAGAGUCAUGGGCUGCUGUGAAUCGUCUCCGUUACGGGAGACUGAACCAGAGAAAGGCAAAGUACAGCAUCAUAACCAAAACCCGCCAUUUAACCACCCACCUCCCUCCGGUGAUGCCGACGCCUCUCCCGCUGCUGCUGGAGUCCCUCCUUUCUCUGAGUUCUCACUUUCCGACCUCAAAGCUGCCACCAAUAACUUCAGCUCCGACUUCAUCGUUUCUGAGAGCGGCGAAAAAGCCCCCAAUCUUGUCUACAAGGGCCGUCUACAGAACCGCCGGUGGAUCGCCGUCAAGAAAUUCACCAAAGUGGCGUGGCCUGAUCCCAAGCAGUUCGCUGAGGAAGCGUGGGGAGUUGGGAAAUUGCGGCAUCGUAGGCUUGCGAAUUUGAUUGGUUACUGCUGCGACGGCGAGGAGAGGUUACUUGUUGCAGAGUACAUGCCUAAUGAUACCCUCGCGAAGCAUCUAUUUCACUGGGAAAAUCAAACCAUAGAGUGGGCAAUGCGUUUAAGAGUUGCUUUAUAUAUUGCUGAAGUCUUGGAGUACUGUAGUACAGAAGGGCGACCAUUAUACCAUGAUCUUAAUGCUUACAGGGUCUUAUUUGAUGAGGAUGGUGAUCCACGGCUUUCCUGUUUUGGCCUUAUGAAAAAUAGCAGGGAUGGGAAAAGUUAUAGUACAAAUCUUGCAUACACUCCUCCAGAGUAUUUAAGAAAUGGAAGAGUCACUCCUGAAAGUGUCAUCUUCAGUUUUGGUACUGUCCUCUUGGAUCUUCUUAGUGGGAAACACAUUCCUCCAAGUCAUGCUCUUGACAUGAUACGUGGCAAAAACAUUCUUCUCCUAAUGGAUUCGCACUUGGAGGGAAACUUUUCAACUGAAGAGGCAACUGUGGUUGUUGGGCUUGCUUCUCGUUGUUUACAAUAUGAACCUCGGGAGAGACCAAAUCCAAAAAACCUUGUUGCAACACUCGCGCCACUGAUCACGAAACCUGAUGUUCCAUCUUAUGUGAUGCUUGGAAUUCCAAAGCAUGAGGAUUCUCCUCCUACACCACAGCAUCCUCUCUCUCCAAUGGGUGAGGCUUGUUCACGAAUGGACCUCACAGCUAUCCACCAGAUUUUGGUGAUGACACACUACAGAGACGAUGAAGGAACCAAUGAGUUAUCUUUCCAAGAGUGGACACAACAAAUGCGAGAUAUGCUGGAAGCAAGGAAGCGUGGGGAUUUUGCAUUCCGUGAUAAAGAUUUUAAGACUGCAAUAGAUUGUUAUUCUCAGUUCAUUGAUGUGGGAACAAUGGUUUCCCCAACUGUUUACGCACGACGAAGCCUCUGCCAUCUCAUGAGUGAUCAACCAGAUGCUGCUCUCCGAGAUGCAAUGCAAGCACAGUGUGUCUACCCAGAAUGGCCUACAGCUUUCUACAUGCAGGCUGUUGCGCUUGCCAAGCUUGACAUGCACAAGGAUGCAGCAGACAUGCUGAACGAAGCAGCGGGGCUAGAAGACAAGAGGCAAAGAGGCGGGAGAGGAUCUUGAUCCUGAGAACCCUGUUAUUAUAUCCCCAAUAAUUGUAUCAAUCUGUCCAUUGUUGACAAGAACACACUGAGAUUUGAGUCAUGCGAGUUGGGAUUUGACCGCUCAAUCGAAAAAUGUAUUAUAGCGAGAAGAAAACGUUCUU